UCCAUCAGAGAGAAUGUUUUAGUGAUUUUGGUCUCUUUGCUUUCUUCUUUGCCUAUAAUGUGCUUGUUUCGUUAAAGAUGAACUAUUCAUACGACGAUUCUCGUGCCCUAAACUUGUGGCAGAGAAUACAUUUCAAUACAGAUUCGUCAAAUGAUGCUUCUUCCAGAGCGGACGCCUGGCGGAGAUUGCUGGUUCAACUUCAAACUUUUCGGAGGAGUAAAAAAGUAUCAUACCAACUUUACACAAGGAUGUUAGAGAAGUUUGCAGGGAAUUACUCUCAAAUUGUAGACAACCAAAACCCUGACAAAGGCUUGAACAAUUUUGCUGAAGCUGUGUUAACUCUUGCUUCUAGCCAUCGUAAUGAGAGUCAGGAAUGGACCUCAGGUUUAUCUCUGGAUAGUUUGAAAAAGCUGCCUAUUUACAAAUCUCUCAUGGACACUAAAAGAGAACUUUUGGAUGAGGAGCCAGUGGAAGCAUCUGGUGCUACUUGUACUUAUUCAUCAUCACAUGAUGAUCAGCUGCACAAGAUUAACUUGAAUCGCCCCUCAGCUAGUGCACCAAGUCUCAGUAAGAGCCUGCAGGCAAACAGAGUAAAAACCAGUGCACUAGAUUUUUCAAGUGAAGUUUUCUCAUCAAAAAAUACUGGGAUGGAAAGCCAAAGAGUUAUGUCAAUAUGUGAAGACUCUGGUAGGAAGGAAAAGAGGACAGAAGAUUCAAACCACAAACCACAUGGUUUAACAGGACACUGUGGAAUGAAAAGGAAGGCCACAGCUCCAGGUGGUGAUGGGAUAUACCAAGUUCAUGGUGCCCAAAAUUCCACACAAAGGUUGUAUCCAGAUGGAGCAUCCAGCAUGAAAGAUUCAGCAACAUCAUCAACAAAUAACAGUCACCCUGCUACACAUACCAGUAACUUUAAUUUUUAUCAAGGUUCUGAUAAAAAAUAUUCCAGAAAUGCCUCAGACAACCAGCACAAUUCUGAUGAUAGUGAGCAAGAAAGCAAAGCAUCUUCCUAUUUCAUCACUGCAAAACAAAAAUUGGUUCUGGAUUCUAAAAAGAACUCCCAUCAUGAUGGAUCUUCGAGACAGGGGAGCAUAAGUAACUCAAUGUACGGAAGUACGAGAAAAACACUGGGAACUAGGCGAGGUCCAAGCAGACAAUUCAUCCCUCCAGUUUUGAAUCGAGAUGAUGAUGAUGAAUUGCAGAGUGGUACUGCUAUGGCUGGUUAUUCGAAUCACAGUGGCAAGAAUCAAAGUGGUAAAGUUGCCGGCGCUGAUCCAGAAGUUGAUGAAAGACUGAAAAAUAUUGAGCCAAAAAUGAUAGAACUUAUUACUAACGAGAUUAUGGAUCACGGCCCACCAUUGUCUUGGGAUGAUAUUGCAGGACUUGAAUUUGCUAAGAAUGUUAUCAAGGAGAUUGUUGUAUGGCCCAUGCUGAGACCUGACAUUUUCAAGGGCCUACGUGGUCCACCGAAGGGAAUCUUACUCUUUGGACCUCCAGGAACUGGUAAAACGUUAAUCGGUAAAUGUAUAGCAAGUCAAUCAAAGGCUACUUUCUUUAGUAUCAGCGCUUCGUCCCUCACGUCAAAGUGGGUUGGUGAGGGUGAAAAAAUGGUUCGUGCAUUGUUUGCUGUUGCCAGAUGUCAUCUGCCUGCUGUGAUUUUCAUCGACGAAAUAGAUUCGCUGUUGUCGCAAAGAACAGAUGGAGAGCACGAUGCCUCCAGGAGAAUCAAAACUGAAUUUCUAGUGCAACUGGAUGGGGCUACAACCACUUCAGAUGAGAGAAUUUUGGUGGUUGGCGCCACGAACAGGCCUCAAGAGAUUGACGAAGCAGCGAGACGUCGUUUAGUAAAGAGACUUUACAUUCCUCUUCCCGAUGCUGGUGCACGUGAACAAAUCAUGUACAGUCUUCUGUCGCAACAGAAAUGCAGUCUGUCUCAAGAAGACGUCAACACAAUAGUUCAGCAUACACAUGGAUAUUCAGGCUCAGAUAUGGCGAAUCUUUGUCGAGAAGCUGCUCUUGGGCCAAUCAGAAGUAUCACUGAUAUUCAGUGUAUUGACGCUGAUCAGGUUCGACCGAUUCUGUUCAAAGAUUUUGACGAGGCUUUGCAUCAAGUACGCGCGAGUGUUUCCGAGAAAGAUCUCGACUUAUACAUUCAGUGGAAUAAACUGUAUGGCAGUGGAACGAAAUAAAACACUCGGGAGUUGUUCUUGUUCCACACAGGUUCACGCUAGAAUGAAGUGAAAUUAAACUGACAGAUUCAAAAUUAUUUUGACACUUUUUUGUGGAAAUUUUGCUUGUUACUACCAGUAAGGGUUGUUAAACUGUUUUACGUUAAGCUUGUAAGAUUUAGUUGUUAUAGCGUUGGUCCUUACAGUUGAGGUAGUGACAUUCCUAUCGCAGUACAUUACUUUUUGUGGACAGGAAAAUCGACUCAGCCUUGACCAUUAUAAUUAUUUUUUACUAAAGAGAGGCAUUAAAAAAACUUAUUGGUUAUCUGAGUGCUGUCUUUUGUGACAAAGGAAUGGCUUUUGUUUAAGUGGAGUAUUGUUAACGCAGUGUAGACAAACAGGAACUGCGAUGCCAUUUUUACGAUCAACAGAAAUUUUACAGAUUCUCAAAAUUGUAUGAGGCAUUGUGAAUCGGACCUAGAGCAGGCGCAAAGUUUUUUUCAUCUUUAAGGUAGCUUAGAACUCUUCAUAUGGCAAAAUAACACUAUAUAAUAAUUAUAUUGCAUAUCUCUCUAUAUCGACAUACAGAGCAUAGUGUUAGGUCCAUAUUGAUAGUGUCUUACAAACUGCUGUAAGCCUGUGGAAUGACAAGAGCAACAGUGAUACUCACACCGCAAUA